UGGAAACAGUUCCUAAACUACACAAGCCAAAGACUUUUAGAAAUAUCCUGCUAGAGAUCUAGGAGUUUGCUUUCUGAUCUCUGUGAUAAUGAAUACACCAGACACCAUCCUGUUUGCCAUAAGCAGUGACUAUGUGGCUAGAGCUGGCCUACCGCCCAAGGAUCGUAUGGAUAGCUACUACGACAGAUCUACUGCUGUAGGGAAGCUAAAUGAUGUAACCAAGAUUGCGUUUAGCCCUGAAGGGCAGCUCUUUGCUGUCCGUGGCGGGGAUCUUUAUACUGGGCCCAUGCCUCUGUCUGCAAAUCUUGAUUGGUUCUCUACUGCCAAGAGAGUGGGAAAAGCUGAGUGGGUUCAAUUUAAAUUUCUAUUCUUUGACCCAAAUGGGCUUCUGUAUGCAGCUACAAAGGAUGGGGAGCUCUACAAGGGUCCAGCACCAAGCAAUGAAAAUGUGUCCUGGCGUUAUGGCCAAGCAACCAAGAUAGGACACUCUGCUUGGAAUAAACUUGAUGCGCUUUUCUUUGACCAAAAAGGCAAUCUGUAUGCUGUGACCGAUGGUGACAAGCUUGUGGUGGGAAGCCCUCCAUCCACAACAAAUGAUAAAUGGCUUGACUCCAGCACCACUAUUGGAAAUGGGGGCUGGCGAAUUCUCACCCAUUUCAUGAAGAUCAGCCUUGAUGACUUGCUGUGGUGUGUGGAUUCGCGCAAUGGCAACCUCUAUAAAGGGAAAAUCCCAACUAAAGAUGAUACCAACUAUUUUGAUAAGGCUGAGAAUCUAGGUUGGAACUAUAAUAAGUACCGCUUUCUAGCCUUCACCACUGAUAAAACCAUCCAGAGUGUUGUAAGCUUUGAAUUCCUACCUGCAUCAGGUAAAAUACUCUCUCAGCAGCCAGAAGUGGUCCAGUCUCAAAUCUACAAGAACACAAGCAGCGUUCCCUUAAAGUACUCCUUCUCAUUCUCCAAAACCAUGACUGAGACUAGCAGCUUUACCCAGGAGCAUGGCUUUACAGUAGAAGUUGGCGCAAGUGUCACUUUUACAGCUGGCAUCCCCAUUAUAGGUGACAUGGAGGCAACUAUUUCCAUCAACACCAGUACCACUCACACCUGGAGCUUCUCAAAGACCAAUGAAACCCAGACCAGCUUCUCAGCCAGCACGGAUGUAGAGGUGCCGGGUGGAAAGUCUAUACGUAUGAUGGCUUCUGUCACAAAAGCACAAAUGGAUGUGCCAUACACUGCCAAGAUCUGCACCCUGUUUGGCUAUGAAACCACCAUCCAGGGAACAUGGAAAGGGGUCACUCACUACAACCUGAUGGUCACUCAGGAAGACUACAGCGGCUGAGUUGGAUCACCUGUAUACAAUCUCCAAAUGUAGCCAAAUGGAAUGUGAUUAACUGAGGGCAUCUAAUCCACAUAGGACAUGGUCAAUAAAUGCAAUAAUGUAUGCUUAAUUGUUGGUGAAUUCUGGUGUACAGUUGCUAAAUAAACUAAAUGACA